AUGGUAAUCCUUGUCAUUUUGUUGUUCGAAUUUUUGGGAAUCAAUUGCUAUCGCAUUUCAUUGUCUUCUUAUAUUUCCAACGAUAUCCAUAACUACCAUUUAGAUAUGCACGGUCAGUUCCGAGGUUUUCUCAAAGAUGAUGGAGAUGAAUUUGAAGAUGAGGUCGCCUCACUUGGCCAACAGCUUCGCGAUGAGAUGUACAGUACACUGAAGGAGAAGUUUGGUUUCAACUCGUUCCGUCAUCGUCAAAAAACAGCAAUCACAGCCAUUCUUCUGGGAUAUGACGCAUUUGUGCUCAUGCCGACAGGUGCUGGAAAAAGUUUGUGCUACCAGCUGCCAGCAGUAAUGUCGCAGGGCGUGACAGUAGUGGUGUCGCCUCUAAAGUCACUCAUCGAAGACCAACGUUCGAAAAUGAGAGACCUUGCGGUACCUAUCAUUGCGCUUACGGCAACAGCUACUCCCAAGAUUGUUGCUGAUACCAAGGACCAUCUAGGCAUUGCGAACUCGAAAUUGUGGGUGUCGCAGAUUGAAUUCUUUUGA